AUGGAAUCUCGUGUCGGUGUUGAAAGUGGAGAACCAGAAAGGGAGAACGAAGAUGAUGGGAAUUCCGAGUCAAGCGAGGAGGAAAACCUGGUGACGCAGGUUGCGGAUGGGGGAAGGGAGGAAAGAGAUGAUAGGCGAGAGAGCGAGCAGGAGACAGCGUACAGUGCGUUGCAGCAGCUGGUUACUACUGUUUCGUCCGCGUCGCCAUCCCUCGCAGCCUGGUUAAGCGGGUUCCAAAGCACUAUGGGCAAUUCAGGCCGCUCAGGCUCGUUGACCCGCGCCAUGGAUUCCGAACCUGCAGGCGAGGCUCGGUCGUCCCUGGCCUUGCUUGCGUCUAAUCUGGUCCACUCGCUGCAGCUUCGGCGGAUACAGGACGUCUUUACCAGCUGCCCCAGAGCCCUCCUGGUCUGCCUGAGGCACUCCUGGUGGCGUGUGAAGGAUGCUCGGGGUAGAUGCAGGCAACCGGACUUGGCGUGCGGCGAGGCGGUGUGGGUGCUGGGAGUGCGAUACGCGGAGUGGGAAGACGAGGAGGUGGGGCGAGAGGAGGCGCAGGAAGGGGGCGGGGAAGGGGAGGGGGAGGCGAGGAGAGGGGAGGGGGCUGAGGGGAGGAGAGAGGGGGCUGAGGGGAGGAGAGAGGGGGAAAGGGGUGAGGGGGGUGGAGCAAGGGAAGGCGGGGAUGUGGAGAAUGACGUGGAUGAGGGUAGAGACGGAGGGAGGGUUGACGGGAGGGAUAAAGGGCGGGAAGGAGGUGGAGGUUUGGCGAGGGAGGAAGGGCGAGAGGGUGUGAGGGAGAAGGAAAACGAGCGGGAUAAGGGUGGGCGGAGGGAGGAAGGUGGGGAGCAAGAGGGGUUAGAGGAGAGGAGCAGUGGAGAGAGAAGUGAGGUAGUGGAGGAGGGGAGGAGUGGGGGGGCACGGGAGGAGGGGAGGAGUGGGGGAUCGUGGGAGGACCUGGUGGUGGACAUGCAAUCAAGGCUAUGGAUGACGUACCGCUGGGGCUUCCCCCCUCUGCCCUGCACUGCUGCUGCUGAUGGCGCUGCUUGUGCUGCUGGUGUUGGUGGCGCUGCCGCUGCUGCUGGCGCCUGUGCUGGCGGUGGUGCUGCUGCUACUGGCGGUGGUGGUGGUGCUACUGGUGGUGCUGCUGCUACUGGCGGUGGUGGUGGUGCUACUGGUGGUGGUGCUACUGGCGGUGGUGGUGGUCAGGGCUUCACCACGGACACGGGGUGGGGCUGCAUGUUCCGCACAGGCCAGAUGAUGCUCGCACAGGCCCUGCUGUGCCACCGCCUGGGCCGCCAGUGGAGACGACAUGCUGGCAGGGAGGAGCAGGCCUACCACGAGGUCGUUCGUCUCUUUGCAGACUCCCCCUCUCCGCUCUCCCCGUUCUCUCUGCACCAUUUGGUUCGGGGCGGUGCUAGGCUCGGCGUCAAGGCUGGGGCGUGGCUCGGGCCGUACCGGCUGUGCGUCAUGCUCGGGAGCUUGGAAAACGGCGAGGAAGCUGGUGACUUGUCACGGAGUGAAGAAAGAAGACUGUGGGGCAAGGAGGGCCCGCUAUGGGGUAUGCGCGUGCAUGUGGUGGGGGCGCACCCUGGGGGGGAGGGAGGGGGAGGUGCGCCCAUGCUGUGUGUGGACGAGGUCAUGGCUCUGUGUGGUGGGGGAGGAGGAGGGGGAGGAGGGGAGGUGAGGAAGGGAGGGGGGAGGGAUGCAGAAGGUGGGGAAGCAUUGGAGGAAGAAUGGGGGGAGAGGGACGGGGAGAGGGAAGGGGAGAGGGGAGAUGAGGAACGAGGCGAGGCGAGCGCAUGGCGGGCGGUGGGGCUGCCUGGUGAGGUGGGGCUGCCUGGUGAGGUGGGGCUGCCUGGUGAGGUGGGGCUGCCUGGUGAGGUGGGGCUGUCGUGCACAUUGCGGCUUGCAGUCAACCCAUCGCUUCCCUCGUCUCAUCCUCGCACCCUCCCACCCUGCAGCCACCAGGAGGCACUGCGCCGCCCGUUCGCCUUCCCCCAGACCGAGGCGCUACGACGCACUUUCGCCUUCCCGCAGAGCGUGGGCAUUGCGGGAGGCAAGCCGCACACGUCGCUCUAUUUCAUCGGCACACACCAGAGCGACGUGCUCUUCCUCGACCCGCACUACCCACAGCAGGUCAAUAUAAGCUGUAACCAGGGCCAAUCAGCGCAUGCCAUGUGGACACGUCAUCCUACCAUUGCAGGUGAUUUUGAGGAUCUGAGCCGUCGAAUUGAGCAGCUCGCUCAACUGUCAAAUGGAGCGCCGCUCCUCACUGUAGGCAACAGGGCCGACCUGGCGAGCUAUGUAGUGAAAGAGGUCGCAGCGUCCGUGCUGCCGCCCUGCCACGUGUCCAAGUUCGGCUACGCGCCCUUCGCAGCUGCCAGCCAGCAGCCCUUUUCCGCGCAGCUGCGUUCGUCGCAAGCCGCGAACUCGUUACAAGCUCCUGAUUCGUUACAAGCAACCUUCAAGCUCCCGUCUGUACCCGUCAGCAACGAUAGCAGGCCUCGCGCUUCCAUUCCCGCCCGUACCAGAGACUCUUUGUCUGGAAGCUUCCACGAAGCCGCGUCUCCAGCGUUCCAAGCCGCGUGCGCAACACACUCCGUCGGCGGGCCGUCCUCCGGUUCCGACCCUUCCGCCAAGUCUCCCGUUGCGAGCGCAGCAGGGGGGGUAUCCGCGCUGCCGCGCGCCAUGGGCGGAACUCCUCCCCCGCCUUCAGGCGCAUCCGGAAGCUCGGGCGGAUUUCCAGGAUUCCCAAACCCCGCCGCGGGCGCAAUUGCGGACGGAAUCGGGAGAGGAGGAGCUGGCGGGUUGGCGGACGAGAGGGCGGAAGGUAUGGCGGAGGCAAUGGCGGGUGGAGGGGCGCGAAUCCCCGGAAGCUCGUCUCCGCGGGAUGAGGCUGCGGAGAGCGCGUUCUGGGCCUGGCGCCACCAUUCCCGCACCUCCCCGGGCCCCCCUGCUUCCGCCUCCGUCCCCUCGCUCGCCCUUCCCGGCGCCCCUUCCCCGUUCGCCCCCUCCCUCUCCGCCUUCCCUUCCGCCUUGGUUCCCCCAUUGCGUGUCCCCCUUGCCGCGGCUCCCCCUGAUGCCGCUGCAGCAGCCGCGGCUGCCAUGCUUGCGAAUAUGGGUGGCGGAAAGAUUGUGGCGGGAGGUUGGGGGAGAGUGGCGGUUGGGAGUAAAGCGACAGCGGAGGAGCAGGAGAAGGAGCAGAGGCAGGAUGGGAGGAAAGCGGGUGGGAUAGGAGUGGGGAGGGAAGCAGCAGUAGAAGGAAAGGAUGUGAGCGGAGCAGUGAGGGCGGAUCGAGGAGCAAUGGGGGAAGGUGGCGAGAGGACAGGAGCAAGGGGAGAAGUGAGGGGGAAAAGAGGAGUGAGUGAAGGAGUGAGGGAAGGAGUGAGGGAAGGAGUGAGGGAAGGAGUGAGGGCGUGUGACGUGGUGGCCGUGGUGGGUCAGCGGGAGUUUUGGCGCCUGCAGCAGGGCAUGCAGAGGCAUGAGCGCAUAGUGCGAGCACAGCUGCUGGACCUGCACUCACUCAUUAUCGUACAACAAGAGCUUUUCCAAGCAGACCGCCCCCCCUCCCCCGAGCCCUCCGCCACCAGCGCCCCCCUCCCCUCCGCCCCCCUCUCCCCUGCGCGUCUCCAGCCCCUCCGCCCUUCCCAACCUCCCUUCCGCGCCUCCCCAGCUGCGCCGCACACCUGUGUUGAGGCUGAGUCGCAGGCUCGGGGAUUCCCGGGGCAAGUGGUUCGGACGGAUACGGAAGGGUUCUCUGCUGCGAUUGGUGGAGGAGGGGCUAUGGAGGGAGAGGAGGGGGGAAAUGAGGAGAGGGUGAGAGAUGAUGCUGACGUUGCAGCUGCUGCUGCUGUGACCGCUGCUGCUGCCACUGCUGCUGCCAACGAUGCAGCAGCGGCUGCUGCAACCACUGCCGGUGAUAGUGAUUGUCAGAACAUGGAUAGUGAGGAUUGUAAACGUGACUAUGCUGGAUGUGGCAACAGCGACCGUGACAAUAGCGAUCGUGAGGACGCGGAUCGUGACAGCAGUCAUGGUGAUGCGGGCAGGGGAACGGAAGAGAAGAAGGGCACCCACCGCAGCAGCACACCCCAUGAAUCAGCGCAGCAGCAGACCUCAGGAGGUUUAGGUGGUGCUAUGGAUGCUCCUAACAUGGCUGCUUUUCAAGUAUUUCUGGUGCAAGUGGGCGGGUCGCCCGUGUAUAAGAUGGAGCGGAAGCUGGGGAAGGGCGGGUUCGGGCAGGUGUACGUGGGUCGACGCGUGAGCGGCGGCAACGAGAGGGUUGGGCCAAACGCCGUGGAGGUGGCAUUGAAGCUGGAGCAUCGGAGCAGCAAGGGGUGCAACUACGGCCCGCCCUACGAGUGGCAGGUGUACACUACGUUGGGCGGCAGCCACGGCGUGCCUAGAGUGCAUUUCAAGGGGCGGCAGGGCGACUUCUACAUCAUGGUCAUGGACCUGUUGGGCCCGAGCCUGUGGGACGUGUGGAACAACCACAACCAAGCCAUGUCAACAGAGAUGGUGGCAUGCAUAGCUGCGGAGGCCCUCUCUAUUCUCGAGAAGGUGCACGAGCGAGGCUACGUCCAUGGCGACGUGAAGCCUGAGAACUUUCUUCUCGGGCAGCCCGGGACCUCGGAGGAAAAGAAGCUGUACCUAGUUGACUUGGGCCUAGCAACGAGGUGGAGGGAUAGCAACACGGGGCAGCACGUGGAGUACGACCAGCGCCCAGACAUCUUCAGGGGCACGGUGCGCUAUGCAGGCGUGCAUGCCCAUUUGGGGCGCACAGGCAGUCGCAGGGACGACCUAGAGUCACUGGCUUACACACUCGUCUUCCUGCUGCGGGGUAGACUGCCCUGGCAGGGCUACCAGGGCGACAACAAGGGUUUCUUAGUGUGCAAGAAGAAGAUGAGUACAUCGCCCGAGAUGCUGUGCUGCUUCUGUCCGCCGCCCUUCAAGCUGUUCCUCGAGUACGUCGUCAGCCUCAAGUUCGAUGAGCGCCCCGACUACGCCAAGUGCGCCGCCAUGUUCGACCCCAUUCUCUCCCCCAACCCGGCACUACUGCCUCUCAAUACGGAAGGCGCGCGCUCUCUCAAGGUGCAGGUGGGGCAGAAGAGGGGGCGGGGCGAGGGGGGCGAGGAGGAGGCUGAGGAGGAUCAGCUGAGGAAGAAGAUCCGCCUUGGCAUGCCGGCCACCCAGUGGAUCUCCGUUUACAGCGCCAGACGGCCUAUGAAGCAGAGGUACCACUACAACGUAGCCGACUCGCGCCUGGCACAGCACGUGGAGAAGGGCAAUGAGGAUGGGCUGCACAUCAGCAGUGUGGCGUCGUGUCAGAACCUCUGGGCGCUCAUCAUGGACGCCGGUACCAACUUCACAGCGCAGGUCUACGACCUCUCGCAUGUCUUCCUCCCCAAGGAGUGGAUCAUGGAGCAGUGGGAGAAGAACUUUUACAUCACAGCAGUGGCGGGCGCCAGCAACGGCAACUCCCUCGUUGUCAUGUCCAAAGGCACGCCAUACACACAGCAGUCAUACAAGGUGAGCGAUAGCUUCCCAUUCAAGUGGAUCAACAAGAAGUGGCGAGAGGGCUUCUACGUGACGUCCAUGGCCACUGCUGGCAGCCGCUGGGGCGUCGUCAUGUCCCGCAACGCUGGCUUCACUGACCAGCAGGUGGUGGAGCUGGACUUUCUGUACCCAAGCGAGGGCAUUCACAGGCGGUGGGAUAUGGGGUAUCGCAUCACAGCCACUGCCGCCACGUGGGACCAGGCUGCCUUCCUUCUCAGUGUGCCUCGCAGACGACCCGCGGAUGAGACCCAGGAGACUCUGAGAACAUCGGCUUUCCCCAGUACCCAUGUAAAGGUGAGAGAGUGA